UCACAGUAGUAUAGAGCAGCAGUGAGCUGUGCCUCAAUGUAUCAGCAGAGGAUUUUAUAAUUGACAUUGUGUUAGCUAAGUUUACAUUUGCAAGCGAUUACCUGACCAAAUUCUGUGUUCUUUUAUCACACAGAGAAGUAUUUCAAUGAAAACAUAAGGUGUGAUUAUUAAGAGUAUCCUUUGAACUGGAUAGUUUUGGCAGAAGAAAAAAAAUUGAUUUUUUUUACAAUACAAUUUUGAUGAUUUACUUUAUGAGGAUUUUAUUCAAGAACAUUUCAUUAAAUUAUUGUGGUUAUUUGUAUACAGAUUGAGUGCUGUGAAUUGUGUGUAAACUUAAACUUUGGGCAAAGAAGGAUAUUUGUAUGAGGGUGUUAAUGAUCAGACCAUUUUGGGGACAAGCGUGGCAAGCAAGUGGUUACAUACUUUGAAGAUGUGCACAAUGUUAUUUGUUGAAUAUAAAAACCACCCGACAUUGUUUAUGAAGAUCCUCUCCUGCCUGAUUGCAUUGUGAUCUACUGCAACUAACUGUGCUCAUUGGAUUAUUUUUUAUUCUUGUAACACUUUAACUAAACAAAACAGUGUGCGAUAUAACAGAGAAGGAUUAUCUAAUAAAUUAUUUUUAUAAGGAAAAAAUAGUAAUGCUUAACUUGGAUACAAGCCUGUAUUCUAGAGGGAAAAUGUCUGUGUUGGAACCCCGCAUGAGUGAUCUGAGAUCCGGUUUUGGUGGUAUGGGCUUCGGGCUCGGGACCCCGGGUGCCUCUGGGGUCAGUCCCAUGCCCCUGUUUCCUAUGUGGAGGCCAGCCCCGGGCCCUCCUGCGGGGCUGUGUACAAUUCCCUCAUGUCCAUGUAUGAUAUCGAUGUCACGUCCGUAUUUCUCGUCAAUGCCCGAUUUAUAUGACUAUGCAUCGUAUAGCGCAUACUAUGCCUGGUGUCUAAAGUCAGCCCAGGAGUCCAUGUACAAGGGCCUGGCCCCACCCCCUCUGCCCACCUCGGGCCUUCUAGAUCGGUUCCCAGCCCAGCCCUCCCCGCCGGACAUCUGCAGGGAACCAGUCGACCAUCGUGCAUCGCCAGGGAAGCAGUUGCCAAGCAAAAUUAACAAGCACGAGCGCAUAAGGACUUGGCUAGAGGUGUCAUCGAAGCCUCAAAAGUAUGAGAAGGAACCAGCCAUUUCCAGUCAUCAGCCUAAUGGUUCAUCACACUUAACUUUAAGAUCCGUAUCGCCCCCAGAUCACUACAGAAAUGUGGAACCCGUCCGUGGGUCAGAGGUGUACAGUCUGCACCCACAGACCCUACUCUCUAGUCAGCAGAUGCUGCGUUCACCGCCGCCCCACCCCCCUCCUGGAUACCCUGGCUCCCUGCCCGACUCCCCUCAUGACCGGCCCCUCAACCUGACAGUCAAUAACGGGAACCGUCAACGGAACAGCAUUGAUGGAAGACGUUGUGACAGUCAGAGCCCGCUGAGCCGACCGUCGGUGAUCACCUGCGUGACUGUGCCAGACCGGAAAUAUGAGACCGCCAGUAACGGAUCAUUCAGCCCUGCUGCCAGUGAUUCUGAGACUGGUGUGGAUCCUGCCAUAGAGGAACAUUUCCGGCGCUCACUGGGCCAGCGCUACCCAGAGUACCUGGCAAAGUCUCAGUCUGCGACCCCCUCACCGCCCCCGUCAUACGCGAGCACCACAUUGGCGGUCCCAACCACACCAAUACCCCAACCAUACGCUCAGCACGUGGAGUCAGUCGACGACCACUUUGCACGAGCCCUUGGAGACAGCACUUGGUCUGCACUGAAGGCCCAGAAAGGGGAGCCAGCAGAACCAGGAUCUGUGGAUGAUCACUUUGCCAAGGCUCUGGGCGAGACUUGGCUCAAACUGAAAGCAGAGAAAGACUCCCCCACGCGGCCGCCUCCACCCCCUUUCCCCAUCUCCCACAGCGGACUCCCCAUCACCCACAGUGGCCUCCCCCAGUCCAUCGCCCGGUCUGUGCCUCACCCCCAUGUGCUCACCCAUGCAGUUCCUCAGAGACCCACCUCAUCCUCACCACCUUCACAUCACUCACCAAUUAUCUCCACCUGAAAACUCUCCACUCACUCUGUCGGUGGAGAUUCAUUUGGUGCUUGUUCCAUGAUGCUUGGACAUGACUGUGUUCAGAAUAAUUUGUUCAGUGCCUGAAAUUUGCUCCAUGCUUGAAUGAAGAUGGAGAUGUUCUUCUGAGACGCAGCACGUGACAGUUAAUACAAUUCAUUAACUGUACAAUCUUGUGCAAGAACUGUCUAUGGAAAGUCUACAGUCAUUAAUGUAAAUUGUGUAAUUGAAAACAAUGGAGAACACCCUUGUGUCAAGUACUGGGCAUCAAUGCCAAUGAAGUGGAGUUACAAACUCAAAGACCAUUAUGGGCAUUGAUCAUGACUGACAUUACCCAUAGUUUUGUCUCAAGGAUAUUGUGUUGGUUUUGUUUUGUAAAAUGUACAUAUCUGACAUUGGAAGUGCCAUGUGCAACUGUUUAUCAAACUCUGUUAUCGGACACCAGGGCUGUAUUUUUCCAACGGUGCGCUUUACUGCCGGUGACAGUCUACAAAUUUGUGUGCAGUUUAGACGCAAGAAGGAACAGAAUUUAUUAUUUUAUUGUCAAACAAUAAUGUUUUAGUGACGUGUUUUGUGUAAAUAUGGUACCACGUUAUUAUUGGCAUUUUAUUGAAUACAUGUUUUAUUUUUCAUGUAUCAAAUUGCAAGAAUUUCUCUUUUGUUGCUUAGAAUAACUUGUAUGAAAUAAGAUUAUGAUUAAAUGUGUUUUUAUAAGUUAAUACUUUGUGGCAUUAAUGAGUAAAUUCAAUAAUUCUGAAAAAAAAGUUUCAAUGAAUAUAUGGAAAAGAUUUGCCUAUUGCGUUCAAUAGUUAUAAACUUUUAAUGUGCUUUGUUGUUUGUAAAUAUUGUUUAUUCCUUAGUUUUUUUAACUUAAAAAUGUCAGUAGAAUAUAUAUGAGGGUGCUAUUGAACCGAUCUAUUUUGUCACAUGAUAUUAUUGAUGAUUCUCAACAAGAAUGUCUAACUAUUUCCAUUAAAAAUAAAUACAAUUAUAAAUGUUGAAAAAAACUAACCCAUAUGUAAUAUUAUUUGGGAAAACUUGUGUCAAAUAUAUUUAAAUGUUGAAAUGAUGUGGUGUGGAGAUUCAAAACAAUAGCUUAAAUGUAAUGUAUAAUAUUAAUUUAAAGUACAACUUGUAUCUUUUUUUUAAUAUUUUAAAUAUAAGUUCAAGUGAAGUAUAUGCUUUUAAUUUUUAAUAGCGAACAUAUUAUUGAAGAUAGAAACAUCUAUGUUAUUUGUUAUAAUUUCUUGCUGACACUGCCAAUAUGAAGUGUAAAGAUGUAAGUGCAAAUAACUCAUGUCUCUAUAUCUGUUCUUUUUAACAUUCUUACCUCCCUUGAGACUUUGUUAUACAAAAUUCUGAAUGUUGUUCUUCAAUAUUUAUUCCUCUGAGUGUGGGCAGUUAUUUUUCAUCAUUUAUAGUCAAAAAGUUGAUAAGAACAUCUCUUGGAAACUGCUUUGUGAUAGCUAAACAUGGUCAUUUACAUUUACCUGUUAAAACAUUUAUUCUAAUAGUUUAAAAAUAAAAAUCCCGCUGAAUAUGAGCUGCGUCAUGCGAAAAAUAGGUCUUAUGUCAUAUAAAGUCACGGAAGGUUUGGUGGUCUGAUUGACGGACAUGGUAACUCCUGACCAGCAGAGCCAAUGCUUCACUGGACGCAUAUGGCACAAGGCCCGUUUUUGCUUGACGCAUCUCAUAUAAAGAAACUGUUUUGUAAUCAAAGUUCACAAGCAUUGGUUUUCUAAGAUAGCUAUAACCAUUAAAAUGUGUUGGCUCAAACAGUACAACUGUUACAGCUCGCCAACAUUGACACAGAUGAGGGACAUGUUGGUUCAUGUUCUGCAUAAUAAGUGUAAAAAAUGUGAUAUGGUGAAAACAAUAGAAUAAAAUGAUGAACAGUUUUAAA